AGUUGCAAUCGCGUUGUAUUGUAACACCAAGCUGUAAACGUGUCGGCUUUGGAGAAUUAAUAAGAUUGCAGAUGAUAUGUAUACGCGGGGAAUUCGCAUCGCGGUGCAGCGUUCCUUAAAACAAGUUACGAGGCGCGGUGAAUGAAAAUGAAACCGGUGUAUGUAUACGUGUGUGUUUGUGUGUGUGUGUGUGUAAUGCACUUUCCACAGGCGCGACAACGCAAGUUGCGAGCUGCACCCGGCGACUACCGUUACGGCGAAAUUACGCGUACUCUGCGUAUGACUUUGUCGUGGUGCGCAGACACCUCGACGUGGAUAAACCUAACCGGUCAUUCGCAUUCGGUGGACGACGUGGAUGGGAACAUGUUUGUUUACACGAAAUUUAGUAGCAGUUUGCACAAAGAGAAUAUAUUGUACAUUCGGAGACGUGUAUCGAUCUCCUUUUCUACGAUAUAAUACGAGGGUAAAGAAAAAUGGGAACUAAAGGAUUGGGGAAAGGCACAAUGCCAGCUUUUACGACGAGUCUCGUAGCCAUUAUCAGAAGGGGUCGUCGGAAAAAGAUAAAUGCUGGGUAAACACGGGAAUGGUCGUAUCUGUCAGAUUUACCUUAUACUAAUACAAUAUUCCGUGCAGAAAGACGAAUAAAUAACGUAAU